UAUAGCUCCGUGAGUUUAGUUUCAAUUUUACUUUUGUUUUGUGCAGUUCGUUUCGUCGAGUCAAUAAAAAGCGCUACUUACAUAUAGUAUAAUAUAUCUGCAGUUAUUUUUACAACUUGGUAAACCAGUAUUCAUUGUAAGAUGAAAUUAUUCGCCUUACUUUCACUGGCCUUAGGCCUGCUAGUGGCCCAAACGGGCGCCGCUAAUCUCGUCUGUUACUAUGACUCGGCCAGCUAUAUACGCGAAGGACUUGGCAAACUGCUCACACCCGACCUUGAGAUCGCCUUGCAAUUCUGUUCGCAUUUGAUUUACGGCUAUGCCGGCAUCAAUCCCAACACCUAUCAGGUGCAGAGUCUGCACGAAGACUUGGACGUCUACAAGCAUCAGUAUUCCGAAGUCACAGCGCUGAAGCGCAAAUAUCCAAACUUGAAAGUAUUACUGAGCGUUGGUGGCGAUCAGGAUGUCGAUGCCGAGCAUCCGAACAAAUAUCUAGAGCUGUUGGAGGGCGAAAAAGUCAAACAGACCUCAUUUAUUAACUCCGCCUACUCGUUGGUGCGCUCCUAUGGUUUCGAUGGUUUGGAUUUAGCCUUCCAAUUUCCGAAGAAUAAGCCACGUAAAGUGCACUCGGACAUCGGCAUGGUGUGGAAGAAAUUCAAGAAGCUCUUCACGGGCGAUUUCAUCGUAGAUGAGAAAUCCGAACAGCAUAAGGAAGAGUUUACCGCAUUUGUGCGUGAUGUGCGCAAUGCUUUGCGUCCCGAUAACAUGAUGCUCACGCUAACGGUAUUGCCGAAUGUCAAUUCAUCGUGGUACUUCGAUGUGCCAGCACUCGUCGGCAAUUUGGACUUUGUCACUUUGGCCGCCUUCGAUUUCCUCACACCCGAGCGUAAUCCAAAAGAGGCUGAUUACAGCGCGCCACUAUACGAACUGUACGAUCAAAAUCGCUUGCCACACUACAAUGUUAAUUACCAAGUAGACUAUUGGCUGGCUCAGCAGUGUCCGGCCAACAAGAUUAAUGUCGGUAUUGCCGCCUAUGGACGCGCCUGGAAGUUAACCAGCGAUUCGGGCAUGACUGGCACGCCUGUCGUUAAGGACACCGAUGGCCCGGCACCGGCUGGCAUGCAAAGUCAAAACCCCGGCCUACUCUCUUGGCCGGAGGUGUGCGGUAAGUUACCGAAUCCGGCAAAUACAUAUCUCAAGGGCGCCGAUGCACCGUUGCGACGCGUUAGCGAUCCCACUAAACGUUAUGGCCCGUACGCCUACCGUCCAGCAGAUGCUAAUGGCGAACACGGCAUGUGGGUGAGCUAUGAGGAUCCCGACAGCGCGGCCAAUAAGGCGGCUUAUGUGCACUCGAAGAAUCUGGGCGGUAUUGGCUUGUUCGACUUGAGCUACGAUGACUUCCGUGGCCUGUGUACUGGUGAUAAGUACCCCAUUUUGCGUGCUGCCAAGUUUCGUUUGACGUUCAAGAUGAAGGUUUUACUUGUAACCUUAGCAUUUAUAGUGGGUUCUGUGAACUGGGCAUCAGCUUCCUUCUUGGAACGCAAUUUAGUGUGCUUUUACGAUUCAAAAGGCGUCACACGCGCAGGUCAAGCACAAUUCAGCACGGCUGACUUGGAAAUCGCGCUACAGUUUUGCACACACGUCAUCUACGGCUAUGUAGGCCUCAAACCGGAAACUUUCCAGCUAAUGAGCCUCAAUGAAAAUCUGGAUAUUCAACGCCGUCACUUUGCCACUGUCACUGCGCUCAAAGAGAAGUAUCCACAUAUCAAAUUUCUACUGAGCGUCGGCGGUGAUCGCGAUGCUGGUGGUCAUGAGAAGUAUAUUAAUCUCUUGGAGGCAGGUCGCCAGAAGCAAACCGCUUUCAUAGAUUCGGCGCGUGAUUUUCUGCGUAGCUACAACUUUGAUGGCAUCGAUUUAGCUUUCCAACUGCCACGCAAUAAACCGAGGAAGGUGCACUCCGAUGCCGGCGCUGUGUGGAAGAGUUUCAAGAAGUUCUUCACUGGUGACUUCAUUGUCGAUGAGAAGGCUAAUGAACAUAAAGAAGAGCUCACCGACUUGAUUAAGGAUAUGAAGAAUGCACUACGCGCCGACAAUUUACUGUUAUCGCUGACAGUGCUACCGAAUGUCAACUCGAGUUGGUACUUCGAUGCGCCGGCUAUAGCCGAUAGUUUGGACUUGAUAAACUUGGCUGCCUUCGAUUUCCUCACACCUGAACGUAAUCCCGAGGAAGCCGAUUACUCCGCACCACUUUAUGAACUCUACGAUCAAAAUCGUCUGUCUCAUUAUAAUGUUAACUUCCAAGUGGAGAAUUGGUUGUUGCAACGUGUGCCCGCCGGCAAGAUCAACGUGGGUAUUCCUACUUUUGGACGCGCUUGGAAGAUGACCAAAGAUUCAGGUAACACUGGUUUGCCGGUAGUACCAGCCACGGAGGGUGCAGCACCUGCCGGACCCAUAACUAAAACACCAGGUCUCUUAAACUGGCUGGAAGUAUGUCAACGUCUACCAAAUCCUUCAAAUAUCAAUGCGAAAGGUGCUGAUGCCCCACUACGUCGUAUUAGCGAUCCCACUAAGCGUUAUGGCACUUAUGCUUUCCACACCGCCGAUGAGGAUGGCGCUAACGGUGUAUGGGUAAGCUAUGAGGAUCCCGACACGGCUGCCAGCAAGGCAGGUUAUGUGAAGGCGAAGAAUUUGGGUGGUGUGGCGCUGUUCGAUAUCACUUUGGAUGAUUUCCGUGGUCAAUGCACUGGCGACAAGUUCCCCAUGUUGAGGGCUGUCAAAUACAGAUUGCUUUAGAGAUUGGCGAGAAAUAUAAGGCUUCUAAGGAAGUUGUUGCUUGAUAAGCAAAUGUGAAAAUAUAUAUUUUGUGAAACCUAAUCGUAGUGCUAUAGAAAUUGUUGACUAAAUAUUCUUUUCUUGUGAUUGUAUUUAAUAACUGUUAAUAUUUACUUGUUAUCUGAGUUAAAAUAAAUCGUUUAAUUACUGACCUUGUAGUUUCAGUGUCAGCUAA